ACGGCAGUAAGCAGUAAGUAAGCAAAAUAUUAUACUAACUAAACAUUAUUAUAGCCUUAAGGAAAAUCCUUGGUUUGUAGAUAAAUAUAACCUGUUUCAAACUACAAAAUGCCCAAACAUAAGAAGCAAGCGAGCUCCAGCAGUUCCGACAGCGAUGAUGGGCCAGUGGAUAGAAACCCACCUGCAGAAAAGAAAGCCAAAAUGGGUAGCAGGACAAAUGAUAAAGAGCCUACCUGGGUUUUAGAAGGGAAGAAAUUAGUAAAGAUCAGGGAGUUCAAAGGCAAGGUAUACAUAGACAUAAGAGAAUUCUAUGAGAAGAAUGGUGAACUGUUACCAGGAAAGAAGGGUAUAAGUAUGACACCAGAACAGUGGAGAAAACUGUUGUCACUGGGUGAUGAAGUAAAUGAAACACUAAGAACCUCAUGCUGAGAUAUAUUUAUUGUUGUUCCUUGUAAUAAAACUGUGAGUUAUCCUUAAAUAA